AUGGGGAACUUCUGCUGGAGGCGCCGCGUCGCUCCCACCAGCGGCACUGCCUUGAGUAUCCUUCUAGUGGGUCUCGACGGAUCCGGGAAGACUUGUCUGGCGAACACUUUGCUGAAGACUCGCCUCAAGGGCGUUCCCAAGCCCACAACGGGCUGCCAGGUGUUUCCUGUCACGCUUCAGGGCAGCCAAAUUGAGGUAACCGAAGUCGGUGGUCGCGAGGACGUGCGUCCUUUGUGGAAGCACUACUUUCUCGACGCCCUGGGCGUCGUUUACGUGGUGGACGGCAGCAAAUGGCAGCGAUUGGCGGAAUCACGCGACAUUCUGCAUCAGCUCAUGCAGAAUGAACUGCUGCAAACGAAGCCUCUGCUGGUGCUGGUGAACAAGCAGGACAAGCGCGAUGCGGUGGAUCAUCUGGACGUUAUAGAUUUCUUCGAGAUCUCGGACUUUGCGAACGCCUUCAAGACUCCAACGCUCGUGAUCGGCGUGAGUGUGGAUGAGGAGGGAUCAAAGCGCCUCUCGGAGGGAUUCAACUGGCUCGUGACUACUGUUAAGGACAACCACGUGGCGCUGACGAGGAGGAACGAGAUCAUGCGGGACAUCGUGAAUCAGAAGGGCAAGAAAGGACGCUCUCUGAUCAGAACUCUGAGUGCCAGAGUGCGAAGAAAGAAACGCUCGCUCGGGAGAAAACUGACACGGAAGCGCCCCAGAACAGCACCGCAGCCGCCUGACUGAUCUCAAUGCGAUGCCAAAACCUCAAAACUCUGGGA